GGUGAAGCUGCCGCUGCCGGCCGAGCGGGUCACGCUGGGCGACUUCAAGGCGCUCCUCAACCGGCCCAACUACAAGUUCUACUUCAAGUCCAUGGACGACGAUUUCGGGGUUGUGAAAGAGGAGAUUUCAGAUGACAAUGCAAAGCUUCCCUGUUUCAACGGGCGAGUGGUGUCUUGGCUGGUGUCCGCUGAGGGAUCCCAUUCGGAUGCUGGGUCUGUCUGUGCCGACAGUCAGCCGGAACUGCCACCCUCCAUUGAGCGAACUGGAGGUAUUGGAGAUUCCAGACCCCCUUCUUUUCACCCAAAUACCGGAGGAAGUCGAGAGAACUUGGAUAAUGAGACAGAGACAGAUUCCGUGGUGUCAGUUCCGAGGGAACGGCCACGAAGGAAAGAGGGUCCUGAGCACGCACCUAGGGUGAAUGGGGUGGCCAAGGGGGACCGGCGGCGAGAACUCGGGGGCUAUGAAAGCUCCUCUACUCUGAUGAGUAGUGAACUGGAGACCACCAGCUUCUUCGAUUCAGAUGAGGAUGAUUCCACCAGCAGGUUCAGCAGCUCUACAGAACAAAGCAGCACUUCGCGCCUUAUGAGAAGACAUAAACGCCGUCGGCGGAAACAGAAAGUAGCCCGAAUUGAAAGGUCUUCGUCUUUUAGCAGCAUCACUGAUUCCACCAUGUCGCUGAAUAUCAUCACAGUUACUCUCAACAUGGAGAAGUACAACUUCCUGGGCAUCUCCAUUGUUGGGCAAAGCAAUGAGCGUGGUGAUGGAGGCAUCUACAUUGGCUCUAUCAUGAAGGGAGGUGCUGUUGCAGCUGAUGGAAGAAUUGAACCAGGAGACAUGCUGCUCCAGGUGAAUGAUACCAACUUUGAGAACAUGAGCAAUGAUGAUGCUGUGCGAGUGCUGAGGGAGAUUGUGCACAAGCCGGGGCCCAUCACACUGACGGUCGCCAAGUGCUGGGAUCCGAGUCCCAGGGGCUGCUUCUCAUUACCCAGGAGUCUAGAUGACUUUCAUCUCUCCAUCCAUAGUGAUAUGGCCACCAUUGUCAAAGCCAUGGCCUCACCAGAGUCAGGCUUGGAGGUGCGUGACCGCAUGUGGCUGAAGAUCACCAUUCCCAGUGCCUUCAUUGGUUCGGAUGUGGUUGACUGGCUCUACCAUCACGUGGAGGGCUUUACGGACCGGCGAGAAUCCCGCAAAUAUGCCAGCAACCUGCUGAAAGCUGGCUACAUCCGACAUACGGUCAACAAGAUCACCUUCUCGGAGCAGUGCUACUACAUCUUUGGAGACCUCUGUGGCAACAUGGCCAACUUAUCCUUGCAUGACCAUGAUGGAUCCAGUGGGGCCUCUGACCAGGACACGCUGGCUCCAUUACCUCACCCAGGAGCGGCCCCUUGGCCCAUAGCUUUUCCUUACCAGUAUCCACCCCCGCACCCGUACAAUCCCCACCCUGGCUUUCCUGAUCCAGGCUACAGCUACGGAGGGGGCAGUGCAGGCAGCCAGCACAGUGAAGGAAGCCGGAGCAGUGGUUCAAACCGCAGUGGCAGCGAGAGGAGGAAAGACCGAGACCCCAAGGCUGGAGAGUCCAAGUCAGGUGGCAGCGGCAGUGAGUCCGACCACACCAGCCGGAGCAGCAUUCGGCGGGAGCGAGCAGCCAGCGAGUGCUCUGUGCCAGGCAGCCAGCGCAGCCACCACUCCAUGGCCCACAGUGUGCGCAGCCACCACAGCCAGCAGUCUUACGGGCCUCCUGGCCUCCCACCUCUCUACAGCCCUCCCAUGCUCCUGAUGCCACCACCACCUUCUGCCCUGGGACCCCCCGGGGCCCCCCCAGGCCGAGAUCUGGCCUCGGUGCCCCCUGAACUGACGGCCAGUAGACAGUCAUUCCGAAUGGCCAUGGGCAAUCCCAGUGAGUUCUUUGUGGAUGUAAUGUGAAGCCCCUUCCCUCCCUCUACCUGUGUGGGCUGCCCCUGCCUGUUUGUCUCUCCUAAGAAGAGCACACUCUGCGUGAGACAUUUGUCUUUCUCUCUCUCUCUCUGGUUUUUUUUUUUUUUUGACUUGGCAUUUAUGAAAAGGAGGGAGGAAAUAAAGUGAACUAAACUGUUUGAUUCUAAUCUUUCCUGUAAGUGGCUCCAGCAGCCUCUCCGGAACCCCCCCUCCCAAUGUGAUUCCCGAAAAGAACAACCCUAACCCUGCUUGUAUUCUGACCCGCUAACCUGUGCGCUAAUCCAUUAAUCUGCAUCUGCCUGGGACCUCUGCUGCUCACCUGUUUUUUUCCACGCCAGCCCUAAACACGUGCCCUCUUUCUUCUCCUUGCCCCUCUUGUAUUCCUCUCUGCCGAGCAGCCAAGAAUUACGGGGUGUUUGACUUCCUUUGAGCUGGCCAGCCGUUGUGGGGAGAGCUGCAGCACACUGUGGUGGUUUGGUUUCCCUUGCCACCAAGAGAGGAAGACAUAGAGCCUUUUGGGCCUACUUGGGGGCAGAAGAUGACUUCUUUGUUGGAAGAUGCCCCUCCUUAUCCAUAAGCCCAGCAGGGCUAAGCUCCAGCUGUGUCCCUCUUCAGCAACAGCGUGGCCCCACACGUGGGACUAUGAGAUGGGUGAGCCCCCACCUGCCGGAUGGUAGUGACUUCCCCUUCCUUACUAAAGCUCUGCUCCUCAGACUGAUGAAGGUCUUUCUAGGGAAAUGCUGGAGGCCAAACCUGAUUUUUGGAUGCCUCAUGCAUCGAAGGAAUCCAGUAGCAAGAGGGCCAGGACAUUUUAUCCUCAAGGUACCCCAAGCUGAAGGACCAUAGCUUUCUUCUGGAAAAACCUUUCUAAUAGAGCACCGUUGAGUAAAUGCAAAGAACGCUCUCUUGAAAACCCAGGAUUUGUUCCUUGCUUGCUUUCUGAAACACCAGUGCUGAUAAUGAGUCAUGUUCUGGUUGUACUGCUCCUGCAUCUAAUGGACGCUUCAGUAGAUUUCUUUCUGCUACUACUUUUUCACAUGCUUCCAGUCUUCCAUAUACUGUCUCUAGUGAAGAUUUUGAGUUCCCUCCCAUCACUUGCUUUGCCCCUAUUUUGUUUUAAGUUCCGUGUGCCCAGGCUACAUUCUGACUACAACCUGCAUUAGUUCUUUCCUCUUUCCCUUUUGUUGCUAUGUGAACUUAUGCUGCUUUCAUUCUGUUUUUUUCAAAGAAGCCCAAAACAUGGGAAAAUCCCAGCAACUAAGGGCCAGGAGGGCAGGGAAAAAUGUAAAAGCAAUUAUCCCUGAACGAAAGGCCUGACUUCUGAGAGAUUGUGUUAUGGUUGGCAAACUCUUUUGUUCUCUCCUUCCUUAAUCCCUUUCCCAUGAUUUCUGGGAGUUAUGAACCUUUCUGCUUGUAUGCAGCUUUUUUGAGAAUAGUACUGGUCACAGCUGGGAUUUGCCAGCCAAAUGUUCCAUUUGCUCUCUGACCGUAUCAUACCACUGAAACACACACAUUCAAAUUCUGGUUCUCAAGGGCUGGGUUCCUGCAACAUGCUGAAGCACAAACUAAAGAUUGUUACGAUUCAACUCUUAAUGACUUCAUGGAUGCAUCCAUGUAGUUUCCUUAUCCUCCUGGGAUGUCUUCUUACUUCCUAGUCCAGCAUCAACAUGGAUUUCCUGUUGACCUAUCCAAGUACUGCCUAGUUCCAAGCUUGCUUAGUUUUCUGGAGAUCAGCCAAGGUCAGCUAGGAGUUGCCACAUGCUGUGAUUAUCCAACCCUGCUUUACCUACCCUAAUAUGUGGUGUGAACCCAUCUAAUGAGCUAGUUUUAGGCAUUGCCCCUUUAGUUGUGGUGGUGGUGGCUCUUGAUUAUCUGCUUCUUGUGCAGGACCAUGUCAGGGGUGCGUGGUCCACAGAGUUCCUUUGCUUUAGCUUCAGUGUCUAUCAGUCAAGCAUCACUGUGAAGAGUGAGUUCAGAGAACCCGAUUCUCAAAAGCGACACUCAUGGGAAAUUUAUGAUGGCAGCUAGACCCACCUGUCUCUUGGUGCUUGGAAUGCCAGAACAAAACAAAGGGGAGGUGGAAAGCUUACCUUAUUUGCUUUACAAGAAAAAUGACUCAUACUGUCCAUGUCUAUAAUCAGACAUGGGAAAAAUGCUAUAAUCAUGCAAGUGACUUACUAGUAUCUGGUUGCAUCAUUUGGUUUUACCUUGAUGUAAAAUUCUGUUUUGUUUGGCCAAUAUUGGUCUUCAUACUACGUAGGAAGUGUACCUGAUUUACUCUAAAGGUAGUCCCUGGGUUAAGAAUGCCCAGGUUACAGACGAUCGAUAGUUAAGAAUGGAGCCUAUUGUAGCAAAAUUUGAGUUAAACACACAAUGGUUCAAGUUAAAUACACAAUGGUUCGAGUUAUGAUAUGAUACUACUAAUAAGUAUUAUACAAUGAUUCUGUUUUGGCUUACAUGCAAAUUUGAUUUAAGGACAGACCUUGGGAACAGAACUCAUUCUUAAACUGGACUACCUGUACUUUGAAAUUCCUUUCCCUACCUUGGGUUUGGUGGGCAUGGGCAUUGGUCUUUCUGAAAGGUGGGGGGUUUUGUAGGCUCCGACACUUCCACGAGAUGCUAUAACUCAAGCCCACGCUCUUUCUAUGAUUGCUUGUUAGCCAAAAACAAGUAGACGUUUUAUGGUGAGCCUUUUUGGCCCUGUUUGCCUGGUGUUUGCAAAAUUUGCUGGUGUGCAAGAGGGUCUGAGGCCACACACAUGGUCCAACACCUUUCACGUUACCAUUCACCUCCACCUGUGCUGGGCUUGAAUAGGAUACCUGUCUUUCAGUCUGUAGCAGCGGUGGGGGAAGAAAGGAAGAGGCUUGGAAGCAGUGCUAGCUGGCAAGUAUUACUUUAAUUAUUGAAGUCUAGCACCUCAGGGAGCAGAGCAGUCAGUGUAGGAAAAAAGUCUCUGCUUUUCCCUUCCCCCUUUUCCCUUGCUUUGCUUUUGGGAUUUGUCUCGUUGCCUUUUCUUUACGGGUGAAGGAACAGCAAACGUUUGGCCUUGGAGAAGAGGGAUCGAGAAACCCCACCUUGUGACUGCUAUCCUGAAAGCACUUUGGUUAGGUACACAUCCUACACUAAGCCCUCUCCCUCCACUGUACAAGAAUUGUGCGGUUCCAUUAGCGCACUCACAUUCCCUUAUGCUUUGUAAAUUGGCCUCUGUGUGUCAACAUCAGCCAUAUGGGUUUCCCUAGACUCAAGGAUUAUGGUAUUUGUGUGUGCGUGGGUGUUUUUUUUUUUUUU